UCUUUUUGAAGUACGGAAAACUCUGGUUGUAAUGGAUGAUAACAAAUUAUUACAAAAAUUAUCUCAAAAUUUACUUGAAAUUUUAGAUGAUAAUGAAUAUUAUGAUAUUACUGUUGAAGUUGGUGAUGACCCUCAUGUAAAAAUAUUCCGUGCUCAUAUGGUUAUUUUAAAUUAUCGUUCUUCUUAUUUACGGAGAAUUUUAUCAACAAAUAAAAGGAAAGAUGAUAGUACUUUAACGCAUAUUAAAUUAUCAAAUAUUUUACCUGAAACUUUUCAAAUCAUCUUAAGUUAAGGAUAACUUGAAAAUUCUGAAUUAUAAUUGAUUCUUUUAUUUUAAUUUUUUUUAUUUAAUAUUUAUUAAUUUUCUUUUUUUUUUUUAAGAUAUAUAUAUGGAGGAAGCCUUUCUUUAGAGGAAUAUAAUAUUUCAGACAUUGUUAAUAUCUUGAUUAGUGCUAGUGAACUUAGUCUUCAGGAAUUAACCAUACACUUACAAUCAUU